AAUUCCUUCAAGCAGGAUGGUACCAUUCAGUUUUCCUCUGUCAAAAUGUGCACUUUGGGAUCCAACACCUGUGGGAGAUGUUAUUGCUUCACACAUCAGUUAUUACAGGGAUCUGUUCAUCCCAUAUGCUUUCACAGACAGGGAGUCUUGAUUUCCCCAGCGCCACCCCUGCAAAAGCAACUGUAUGCUGGAACUUUACAUCAUCUCAAGGGGCGACUGUGAAGAAGGGCUGUCUACAGCAUCUUCCUCCAAUGGCAGAUAUCCAAAUCCCAAACUAUUAAUGAUGGAGAAGGCUCUUCGUCUUGCCUAUCGCCAUGCUAAGCAGAGUGAAAAAAAGUUCUUUUCCUGUUUUUUUCUUGGCACUCUUGCAGUGGAGGAAGACGGUGAAGGUGUAUCACUGACAAUCGAUAGAUUUGAUCCUGGUCGAGAAGUAACUGAUGGUUUAGGUAAAGUUCCCACAGCACCUCUUCCUGGCGACUUUUUGAUUCCAUGUACAAUUAAUGUGUGGGGCUCUUCUUCUGGAGAUGUUAUAGUGCACAAUUCUGAAGACUUCAACUUAGCUUUUAAGAUACUUCAACACAGUUUGUGCAGUAGAGACUCUUUGGAUCUGUCCAAACUGCUCACCGUAAGAGUUCACAUUGCUUCAACCGAGAACAUGGACAACCUAAACUUCGAUUUUCACUGGGCAGCUAUUACUAUAACCAAUUCUUUAGAAUACACUCCUGUGAAGCCUGUCCCAAUUAUUCCUACAGCCCUGGCAAGAAACUUGAGUGGGCAUAUGAAUAUUGCACAGAUUCAGGGGAUUUAUAAAUGUGGAUACCUUACAAUGGACCAAACCCGAAAACUACUUCUGGUGUUGGAAUCUGAUCCCAAAGCUUAUACUUUGCCAUUGGUUGGAAUUUGGUUGAGUGGCAUCACUCAUAUCUAUAGUCCACCAGUCUGGGCUUGCUGCCUGCGCUAUUUGUUCAGUUCUUCAAUUCAAGAAAGGGUUCUUUCAGAGUCUGGGAGCUUCCUUAUUGUUUUCUAUUCACUAACCCACAAGGAACCAGAGUUUUAUGAGUGCCUUCCUUGCAGUGGGCAGACUGAACUAGGGUUCCAGCUGUUAACAAGUAAAGAAACAUUACAUCUCUUCAAAAACGUUGAACCUUCAGACAAGCACCCUAUUCAAUUUGAGCUGAGUGCAGAAAACCAAAAUGCAGAAACAGAGUUCUUCAGCAACGUUUCUAAGAAUCUUUCCAUUAGAAGUUCUCCUCAAGGCUCCUCUCCCAGCAAAUUGUCAGUGAGUGAUCAUGAUUCAGGUGUGGAAGAUGAAGAUUUAUCUCCAAGACCUAUUCCAAGUCCUCAUCCAGUGAGUCAACAGGUUACUAGAAUCCAUCCUUCCGUUCCUGAACUCUCCCUCAUCUUUGAUGGUAGCUUCAUAGAACCAAAACCAAUGUCUCAGCCUAUGGAAACUAUGAAUAACAAAAAUCAGCCACUACUGGUACAUCAGCUUAAAAAAAAGACUUGUUCAACAGGACCACUAUACCACCAGAAUCCAUGCUCCGAUAGUGAUAAACAAAGCUGCAGCACCCAUGUGGCACAUCCUUCAUUGAGACAGCCACCUAGCCAGUUAAACCAGAUAAUUCCAAUUCUGAAACCUUGCAAAGCAAAGCAAUUGCCACUACAACAGCAGCCUUGCUGUAGAAGAGUUGGCCUUCAUACUAGAAAGAGUUCUGGAUCUUCUUCCUCUUCACCAUCCCCUUCUCCUGCAACACCUCUUAGUGGGCCUUCUACUGACACAUCUGUGCAUCAACCCAGGAUGCCAUCUGAAAAACUUGUAUCAAAUCCUGAUGGAGCCACACAAAGAAAAGAAGAACCUCCAGCAAGGAGACCUUCAACAUCUAAUUCUAAGCAAUAUCCUGGUGCCAUACAGCCUCUCCAGUACAACUUUGCUUUUUCACCCAUGAACUCAAGAAGAUCAACAGAACUGCAGGUGCCUGUCCCUCAAGUGCCAUCUUGCUAUCCAACUGGUGUGUGUAAUUGUUGUCAGUUUCAUGGACCUAUCCAAUACAGUUCAACAAAUGCUUGUUCAGGAAUGGUUAAAAGGGGUUCCAGCCACACACAAAUCCAAUCUGAUGUUCCUCAAGAGAGUGCAUAUUCAGUUUUCCAUCAAAAUGUCACUUGUCCAAAUACUUGCUGCAGUCCAGUACAUACCCCAAGUAGCCCUGUAACUCAUGGAUAUAAUGGGGAAAUGGGGAGUUGCUCUGUUGGUUGCAGUUUAUCACCUGGAUCAAGAUUUUCUUCACCGGCAAGCCCUUGCAAUCUGCAAUGCUGUGCAGCCCAUUCAGCGUGCAUGUGUGCCCUUACCCCCAAAAUGGGAUCAGAUAAUGGAAUGAUGGGAUUAUCUCCAGAUGCUUACAGGAUUCUUACAGAACAAAACAGGCAGCUGAAAUUACUUCAAGCUCAGAUCCAGCGUUUGUUGGAAGCACAAACUCUUCAACCUUGUUCCCCCAAAACCACCAUAGAUAACAAGGCCUUGCAGUGUGAGAAGCAGUUGGAAUUUGUUGCCAUGGAAACACAGUCCUCCCAAGGUUUACACAUGAGAAAAAGUGUGAGCAUUGCUGUAAGCACAGGUGCUAGCUUAUUUUGGAACUCACCAUCUGAAAAGCAAAAAGACUCUGUGUGUCCAAUUAAACAAAAUGACCCUGAAAUAUCAAAAGAAGAAAUAAGCAUUUCUAUUAACACUGAGCAAGAUACAAGUAUUGCCUCCUCGUUAAAGGCUGUUGACAUACCUAGCUUUAUAGAAAGUAGCCAUGUUGCAGAAGAAGGAACUAACCAGGCUGGACUCAGGAAUGAGCCAGUUUCCUCAGCAUGUGCUCCAAAUUCACUGUUAGAAGAAAGCGUUAGCAUGUGUUUACAGACCGGACCCACAGAGGGAGCUACUAACCAUAUGGUGACACCAAAUGAACCAAAAACUGAGCAUGCUGUUCAAUCACUGCCUAGCCACGCAUCGGACGAUCAAAAGUUUUACCAGGAUAUAUUGGGUCAAGUAAACCACUUCUUAAAGUUAUCCUCUGAAGAAAGUGAUCCUACAUCUACAAAACAAGGAAUGGUCAACAGUGAUGAUACCAUAUGUCGGGAUAUUAAUGACCCAAAGGAAAGGAAUUCAGUAUCAGGCCUGACUGAUAAAGAGAGUGUGAUUAGUGCAACCCUUAAGCAAUUAAGGAACUUUGGAGUGAGAAUUGAAUCUCCUAACAAAAUGAAGAGCAAUGCAUACCUAGUAGAGAAUGCCAGUGUAUUGGCCUGCAUAAAUCCUGAAGCUGUGAUACCUGGACUAAACUACAUGUCAUUUGUUAAUGUCGGCAUGAGUGGGUUAACUCCUGGUGGAGUUGAUCUGAGUAUGGAGGCAAAUGCAAUAGCACUCAAGUAUCUAACUGAAAAUCAGCUGUCACAGCUUUCUCUUAGUCACACAAGUGAAAAAAAUCCUGAAGACUCAUCUUUCCAAAAUCUUUUACAUGCAAAUAUGGACAAGAGCAUGGUGGGUCUUAGCUUAAUUUCACCAAACAAUAUGUCCUUUGCAACCAAAAAGUACAUGAAAAGAUAUGGGCUCCUACAAAGCAAUGACCAUAGUGAAGAUGAAGAGGAGCUGCAAACUCAGAACUUCAGCAUCUCUAGCAGUAGCAAAAGUGAAGGUCUGUUGGAGACUAACGUUAAGCCCAUGCUGUUCUGUAAAGAAUCCUCUUCUGAGGGAGUUUGUGAAAGAUUAUCCAUUAACCUGAAACCUUGCAAGGAGUCAACUGGAAGUUAUUCUGUGCCUGAAUCAAAUGAUCCAGUAUUGAGAAAUAUUACAAAUGAGAUCUUGCCUCCAAAAAUACUACCUCAACCAAAUGAGAAUUCACAACAGAUUCUGAAGGAUUUAAAGCCAAAAGCUAAACUUAUAGCUGGGAAAGUAGAGUUCACUCAACAACCUGACCGGGAGAAUUUAGGAAAUAUUCGUAUCUUCCCAAAAAAUGUACAAACUCCCACCCUUGAGACAUUAAAUCAGGCAGACAGCAUGAGUUCAGUUGGUACCUUUCUUGAUGUAAAACACCUCAGACAGUUGCCAAAGUUGUUCUGAACUUAAAAAAAACAAGACUGGCAAUCAGCAUUUAUUGGAUUUGAAGCCUUCUCAAGGUUGAACAAGAUUAGAAGCCAGUAUGUUGUCUUUAUUAGGUCACUUAGCUUUCUUGGCAACAAAUGACUACCAAAACUGAGUAUGUAAUAUACUGCUGGUCUACCAGAUGCUCAGUUGGCAAGGACUUGGCAGUCAGAUUUUAAAAUGCAUAUGUUUCUUUAUUUACAGUUUGGUUAUAUCUUUAAUAUGCAAAAGGUCAAUUCAGAAUAGUCUGGACAUAAGCUGUGCUCUAAUAUUUUGAAUGAUUCCUGUCUCCUAACUUUUCAAUUGUUCCAUUUUUAAACAUUAUUGAUAUUUUUAUAUUUUUGUGCUGCCUUUGAGCUUACAACAUAAUGUAUGGGUGAGGGGUUAAAUUCAAAUAAAACGAAUGCACUGACUUUAAAAUCUAUCCAAACAUACGGGGUUACUGUAUAUGGAAAAGUAUAACCCUAAUUUUAAUUAGUAUAAAAUUAUUUUAAAAUUCAACCAAGAUUGCACAUAUAAUAGACAUUAAAUACAUCAUGAAACCUAACAAGGAAGUCAGUAUAAUUUGCACUUAAUGUUUAUACCUUUGUGUGUGUUUUUUCCUACCGAAUGAGUGUCUUCUAUUUAUUUGAAAAGUACGUUAAUCAUAAAAGGCAAAGCAAAUCCAUAAGAUACAAAACUGAAAUAUUGAUGUGUUGGUUAUUUAUGUUUGUGUUGUUUAAGCCUUGUUAAAACACUUACAACUUAGCAAUCACAGUUACCUGUAAAACGAAUGACUAACCUUAAGUAAAAUUGCAAGUAUGUUCCACAUGGUUUCAAACUUUUUAACAACUCAUCUUCAAUAAAGAGAAGCAAACUGA